AUGGAGUUGGGCUUCUUGGACAAGCGCAACUCUGAUUUAGAGAGUCAAAGCCGGAAGAACGAAGAUUGGCAGUAUCAGAUCGACCCAUGGAUCAACACUGUCGAUUCCCAGAAGUCUCACGAGGAUAACAAUGGCACAGAUUGGAACGACCAACGGAGAUACACUCUAUCCAUUAUAAUGGCACAACAUGAAAGACGUAUAAAUAUGCGAUCUACAGACGACACUUUUGAGCAUGCCAUCUCCACCUUGAUCAGGAACUCUGCGGCCUCCGGCAUAUUUCCUGGAAAGAUAGACGACAGACUGGAAACCGUCGAGUACGACUACCUUUCCCAACGAGACGCCUAA